CGCAGCUUCGAGGAGCGCACCGGGGACGCACGUACAUGGAUUUGGGUUUUUUUUGGUUCAUACGAGACAGAACCAGGUCUGAACCAGAUCUAAACCAGGACUAAACCCGGACUACAGAAGGAUCCAGCGUGAAAGGACUGAAUCCAGACGGAACCGGGACUAAACUGGGACUAACAUUUACGCAACAAGGAGAGACAGAACUGAACCAGGACUGAACCAGGACUGAACCAGGUGCAAACCAGGACUAAACCAGGACUGAACCAGGUCUGAAUCAAGACUGAACCAGGACUAGACCCGGACUAAAGAAGGAUACAGCGUUAAAGACCCGGAUCCAGACGGAACCGGGUCUAACAUUUACGCAACAAGGAGAGACAGACCUGAACCAGGACUAGACCAGGUGUAAACCAAGACUAAACCAGGUCUAAACCAGGUCUAAACCAGGACUAAAGAAGGAUACAGCGUUAAAGGACUGAAUCCAGACUGAACCAGGACUAAAAGUGGACGGAACCAGGACUAAACUGGGACUAAGAUUUUACGCAACAAGGACGGAACCAGAUCUAAACCAGGACUAAACCAGGACUAAACCAGGACUAAACCAAGACUAAACCAAGACUAAACCCGGACCACAGAAGGAUACAACGUUGAAGGACUGAACCCAGACGGAACCGGGUCUAAACUGGGUCUGACCUUUACGCAACAAGGCUCGGAGCGUUACCAUGCUGGACGUAAAGACGCGCGCACGUGUUUGUGAUUCUCAAGUGUAGAUUUUUUUGGGGUUUUUUUGUUUUGGGUUUUUUUUUGUUUAGUUUUUUUUGGAUCGGAGAUGGAGUCGGAGAGCGCGAUGAUGCUGCAGCUCGCCUCCGAGGCUUUCCGGGCGCACAACUUCGACCUGGCGGCGGAGAUCUACGAGUGCCAGGCGGCGGGGGCCCGGGACGCGCGCAGCCGCCAGGAGCUGAUGGUGAGGCGGGCGGACGCGCUCGCCUUCGCCGGGAAGUUCGCCGAAGCGUUCCGCGUGUACCGGAGCGCCGCGGAGGUGGAGAGGCUGAGGCCCGCGCACCUGGACCGGCUCAUAGACUGUCUGGUGGACGGCAUCCGGAGACAGGAGCACACGUCCAGGUCCUCGUUGGCGUUGUUGGACUCGGAGCGGUCGUGCGGCGGCGGCGGCGGCGUGGAGGCGUUGGACGUGUCGUGCCCGCUGUGCCUGGGCUUCCUGUUCGAGCCGGUGACCCUGGCGUGCGGACACUGUUUCUGUAAGAGGUGUCUGGAGAGAGAGCGCCCCCUGCGGUGCGCCGUGUGCCGACGCGACGGAGCCGGCGCCGCCGACGGGUACCGGGUGAACGUGGUGCUGUCGGGGCUCCUGUCCAAACUGUACCCGGGCAGAGAGCGGGCGGUGCGGCUGCGGCGGGAGGGGAGCGCCCUGUACGUGGAGCGGAGGGUCGAGGAGGCGCUCCACAAGUACGACCAGGCCAUCGCCAUCACUCCUCUGGAUCAUCUGCUCUUCUCUAAUCGUUCUCUGAUCCUGUCGGCGCUGAAGCGUCUGGACCAGGCCCUGAGCGACGCCUGCACGGCCCUGAACCUCAGACCCAAGUGGGCCAAGGGUCACAUGCGUAAGGCUCAGGUGCUGUUGUCCCUCGGUCGACCAGAGGAGGCGCUCAGGGACUAUCUCACCUAUCUGAGUCUGGACCCGGACUACAGACCGGCCCGGACCGAGGCCCAGAAGCUCUUGAGUGAGAUCUUGGCUCCGGUCUCGGACCAGGUUUCGGACCAGGUCUUGGACUCCAGUGGGAUCCUGACCUCCAGAGUCCUCCUGAAGACCUCCACAGCUCUGCACCAGUGCGACCCCGCCGACCUGUGGGCGUGUCCCGUGAGGUCGAAGGUCAGAGGUCACGUGGAGGCGGGGCUUCUCAAACGUAAACGCCACAGCUCCGACGACGACGACGAGACGGAGACGAAGAGAACGAAGACGACGACCACGACGAUGAUGAUGACAGAGAGUCUGAGUCCUGUUGCCGUGGAGACGUUGGACCCGUGUGACGUGGAGUGUUCUCUGUGCAUGAGGUUGUUUUUGGAGCCGGUGACGACUCCCUGUGGUCACACGUUCUGUCUUCAGUGUUUGGAGAGAUGUUUGGAUCAUAACCCCAAGUGUCCACUGUGCAAAGAGGAGCUGUCCGAGUUCCUGGAGCGGAGGCAGUUCUGUCGGACUCUUCUGAUGGAGAAACUCAUCUCCAAACAUCUGCCCACAGAACUGAGAGAACGACAGAAAAUACACCAGGAGGAGAUGGACGAGCUCUCAAAUCUGAAUAAAAGCGUCCCGAUCUUCGUGUGCACCAUGGCGUUCCCCACGGUGCCCUGCCCCCUGCACAUCUUUGAGCCGUGCUACAGACUCAUGAUCCGCCGCUGCAUGGAGACCGGAACCAACCGCUUCGGAAUGUGCCUCGGCGACAAGCUCAAGGGGUUUGCGGACUUCGGGUGUCUCCUGGAGAUCCGGGACGUGAAGUUCUUCUCUGAUGGACGUUCUGUGGUCGACACCAUCGGACGGAGAAGGUUCAGAGUCCUGAAGCACCAGGAGAGAGACGGAUACAACACGGCCGACAUCGAAUACCUCGAGGACGUCAAGGUAGAGGGCGCUGCGGCGGUGGCGCUCCAGACGCUUCAUGACUCGGUGUACGAGCUCGGGCUCCUCUGGGUGAACUCCCUCAGACCCGAGCAGAAGGAAAGAAUCGAGGGACACUUCGGACCCAUGCCUCCCAAAGAGACCGAGAUACAGUCGAGUCCAAACGGUCCGUCCUGGUGCUGGUGGCUCUUGGCGGUUCUGCCUCUCGAGGGCAGAGCUCAGCUGCCGUUUCUCGCCCUCACGUCUCUGAAGGACCGACUCUCCGGACUCCGCAAGGUCCUGCUCUUCAUGUCCCAGAGCCGCAACGCGCACCGAUGAACCGGACCUGGACCAGGACCAGGACCGGGACCAGAGCCGGAACACGCACCGAUGAACCACCGGACCUGGACCUGGACCCAGGACCAGAGCUGGAACACGCACCAAUGAACCGGACCUGGGACCUGGGACCACGAACUGGACCAGGGGAUCGGACCAGAGACUCAAACAUCCUCACCGGUGAAACGUCCAGGACCCAGAGGGAGGGGGGAGGAGCCAGAGCCUGUACUCGAGUAAAACUACUGUUACUUCAAAAAUACUAUAACUUAAGUAGAAGUAAAAAAGUCGUGACUCCCAAAAAAAAAAAAAAAAAAAGACUCGCGUAAGAAUAUUUGUUGCUUGAGUAAAAAUCAGUGUCUGAAAAAAACGACGAAAUGAGAAGUACAGGUUUUAUGAAAGUUACUCGAGUACCUGAGCCCGUCCUCCGCCCCUCCCUCCGUCCGUCCGUCUCUCCGUCCGUCCCGGGGCAGACACGACUCCACCUCAUCCUUCUCUUCCAUCAACGCACAAAAAAAAAAAAAGACGACAAAAACUGGAAAUAUCCAAACUGUUUUUCACUGAAUCCGAAAGUCUUCCACAGUUCAAGUCAAACUUUUUUUUUUUUAAUUAAAAUUAUUAUUAUUUUUUACCCCCGAUCAUUUCCACGGGAGGGCAUCUGACGCACGGGUGGAAAUCAGGUCGUUGAACUUUUACCGUUUGUUGUCGAAUCUUCUUGUGAGUGGAUAUUGUGCAAUUUAUUUCUUUUUUUUUUUACGAGACCAAAUUUCCAAAACGAAAAGUCUUGAGUUUCAUCGAUUCUUAGUCGUUUAGUCGCAUUAAAGAGGGGGUAUGACGGACUUUUUUUUUUUUUUUUUUUUGGUUUUGUUUUUACGUUUUUGUCACGAUCCGGACACAAAAAAGUCUCAAAAAGUUUUAAAAAGUUCAAUUGUUUUAUUGUUAAGUUUGAAUUUAAUUUUAAAAACGCUAAAACGCCUCCUGUGCCCCAAAAAACAAAGAAACAACAGAACAGAAAAGUGGACCUGGUGAACGGAGCAGAACGAGAACUAAACUAAACCAGGACUAAACCAGGACUAAACUAGGGCUAAACCAGGACUAACCAGGACUAAACUAGGGCUAAACCAGGACUGACAUGGAACUAAACCAGGACUAAAUUAGGACUAAACCAGGACUAAACUAGGGCUAAAACAGAACUAAACCAGGACUAAAACAGGACUAAACCAAGACUAAACCAGAACUCAAAUUGGAAUAAACCAGAGACUAAACCAGGACUGAAACUGGAAUAAACAAGGACUAAACCAGGGACUAAACCAGAGACUAAAUCAGGCCUAAACUAGGACUAAACCAGGACUAAACUAGGGCUAAAACAGAACUAAACCAGAACUCAAACUGGAAUAAACCAGAGACUAAACCAGGACUAAAACGAGACUAAACCAGAGACUAAAUCAGGCCUAAACUAGGACUAAAAUGGGACUAAACCAGAAUUAAAACAGGACUAAACCAGGACUGAACCUGGACUGAACCGGGACUAAAUUUGAGACUAAACAAGGACUAAAACAGGACUAAAUGAGGACUGAAAUGGGACUAAACCAGGACUGAAACAGUACAGAGCAGUAAAACCGGAAAAAAAAAAACGUCCCCAGAUUCACCCGACCAAACAAAAGACAAACUGCGGUUUCAGAAUCGUCCACGCCAAGUCUGACUCAUCUAGAGAUCUCUCCCGGGCCCUUUUUCGAACCCUGUACGAGGCUCCGCCCACAAACCCACGUCCCCCACGUCCCUCACUCUCCCCGGCACGACAAUCCGUUAAAAAAAAAAAAAAAACGCAAAAUUGGACAAACAAACCUGAUGUGAUGAGCGCGCUGGAGUUUCAUUGGCGCUCUGAAGGGGGAGCGGCUUAGCACAGAGAGCAGAGGGUUAAAGGGCGUUACAGUUAAAACCCCGGAGAAGUCAAAUACCCCCUCUUUAAAAAUAAAUAUUUAAAAAAAAAAAAAAAAAAAAAGAAAGAAAAUCUAAAAUGUCUUCCCUUUUUUUCUAACUUAAAAUUCUCAUGUUUUUAUUUGUACGUUUUGAAUUUGUAUUUAUUUUUGUUUUUUUGGGUUAUUUAUGUCAAAAUAUUGUUUACAUUUCAUACGUAAAACAAGCUGCUCAUUUUCCAAAGCUUCAUUUUUUUUUUUUUUUUUUUUUAGAAAUUUUUUAAAUUAUAAUUUCUUUUUUUUUUUUUUUUCGCGUGAAUGUGCACUCCCCUUCGAAAUAAAAUAAAUAAAUAAAUAUCGAAAAUCUUAAAUCGAAAUAGUCUAAAAAAUCUCAAAUUCUGGUGCCUUUACUUCCACAAAAACAGUGAAAUUUUCAGUAGCAUCGAAAUUCUGUGAGAAUUUUUUGCUUUUGCCACGAAAAUGUUUUGAAAUUUUGAAACUGUGGCCUUGAGUUUGGACUGUUGUUAUUUAUAAAACGUUUGUCAUUGUUGUUUUUUUUAUAUUUUGAAAUGUUUUGUUUUUUGUUUGUUUUUUUUGGUGUAUUUACAAUUUACCGCAAGAUUUCUGGUUCGAUUUCUCAACAUGUGAAAAUGUGAGACCAAAUUUUGAUUUUUUUAAUUUUGGGAUUUGAAAUUUCAUACAGUUAUAAUUUUACAUUUUGAGUCACACGUCUCAUUUAUUGUUUUGAUUUGGUUUUUGGGGAAAUUAUUGUUGGAUUUUGAAGUGGAUUUUGUGGUUUGUGCAAUUAAAAAAAAUUUUCCUUAAAUUUUUCAAACUUCCAUGAUCAGGGGUUAGAAUUAAACUAGGACUAAACCAGGACUAAACCAGGACUGAACCAGGACUAAAACAGGACUAAACCAGGAUUUAUUCAGGACUAAAACGAGAACCUAACCAGGACAAAACCAGGAUUUUUUUCUGGACUAAACCAGGACUAAACCAGGAUUAAAAAACUUAAACCAGGACUAAACCAAGACUAAACCAGGACUAAACCAGGAUUGAACAAAGACUAAAACCAGUCUUAAACCAGGACUAAACCAGGAUUUAAUCAGGACUAAAUCUGGACUAAAACCCGAACCUAACCGAGACUAAACCAGGAUUAAAAUCAGACUUAAACCAGGACUAAACCAAUACUUAACCAGGAUUUUAUCAGGACUAAAGUAGGACUAAACCAGGACUAAAACCAGACUAAAACCAGGACUAAACUAUGAUUUUUUUUUUCAGGUCUAAACCAGGACUAACCCAGGUCUAAACCACUCGAGACCUUCUAAAGUCUAAACCACAAAACGACGUCGCAAAAUCCAACUGCAAAAUUACUUAUAAAAAAUUCUAAAAAAACUUUCCCGAAAUUUUCACCCAAAUUCUCGUUCGUCUCAAAGGGACCGUGUGCUUUUCUGUGCCUUAAGUUCAGUUUCUUCCACUCGGUUCCGUCUCGGUUCCGACUCGGUUCCGGCUCAGUUCCAGCUCGGUUCCAGGCUCGGUUCCAGCUCGGUUCGGACUCGGUUCCAGGCUCGGUUCCAGCUCGG